AUGAAACCAGCAUUCUUCUACUAUUACUUUCCUUUACAUCUUUCAAAGCGUUUCAAUUGGGGGUUUCCAUUGAAGCAAUUCUGCGAUCAUCUCAGAUAUGGCAUAGACUAUUCUUCAAUGUGCUUCGCUAUUUUUGAACAAAACUCACCUUGCGCAAUCUUUCAAUUUUACAAUUCUUAUCCUCCUAACCAGCAACCGCCGGAGUUAACUCGUCUAAUGAUGCUAUCAAGUCCAGAGAAUCAAUUGGAUGUAGGAACCAUUGACUGUGCUGCCUUUGUCUCAAUUGAUUCACAACGGUUCAGAUACGUUUUAAACCUGUUUAGAAACAUUGAGAAAGUUGAUGUUGCUAUCAUGCCUUCAAAAGUGAUAUUCAGAAGUCCAGGAAGAACUAUGUUUCUUUACACAGAGGAUAAACAAUGCAUAAUUGGUGGCAUUGGAGCUGGGANGGUGUGA